AUUUUACCUCAAAAACUUAAAAAGUUUAGGUUUUUAAGGCGUGACGGGUUUGUUUGCAAAUGGGUUUCGUGUAGGAUUCGCGUUUCAGUAAACCAAUUUGCGUCACUAACGUUCUGCUUACUACGCCUGAUUAUGCUCUUCUUCUCUCUCUCUUCUCAUUUUAUGCUGUCUGGUGCCCUUGCUUGCAGCUGUAAUCAUCAAGUUCAAGUUCUAGUUUUGGGUUCAACAAUUCAAGUAAUCUUCUUUUAUACUACUUUUUUGGGGAGUUCUAAGGACAACCAUGAAUGCAUUAGUAGCAACCAACAGAAACUUUAAGCUCGCAGCAAGGCUGCUGGGAUUAGACUCUAAGCUCGAGAAAAGUUUACUUAUUCCUUUCAGAGAGAUCAAGGUUGAGUGUACCAUACCCAAAGACAAUGGCACAUUAGCUUCUUUUGUUGGGUUUAGGGUUCAGCAUGACAACGCUAGAGGACCCAUGAAAGGAGGAAUCAGAUAUCAUCCAGAGGUUGACCCAGAUGAGGUGAAUGCUUUAGCACAACUCAUGACAUGGAAGACAGCAGUAGCAAAUAUUCCAUAUGGGGGUGCUAAAGGCGGGAUUGGAUGUAGUCCUGGCGAACUGAGUGUAUCUGAGUUAGAACGACUGACACGGGUUUUCACACAAAAGAUUCAUGAUCUGAUUGGAAUUCACACGGAUGUUCCGGCGCCUGAUAUGGGAACAGGUCCUCAGACUAUGGCAUGGAUACUGGAUGAAUAUUCUAAAUUUCACGGCCAUUCUCCUGCAGUUGUGACCGGAAAACCUAUUGAUCUUGGGGGAUCUCUAGGCAGAGAUGCUGCAACAGGACGAGGAGUGCUCUUUGCUACUGAGGCACUGCUUAAUGAGCAUGGGAAGGGCAUUGCUGGACAACGAUUUGCUAUACAGGGUUUUGGAAAUGUGGGUUCCUGGGCUGCUCAACUAAUCAGUGAAAAAGGUGGAAAAAUUGUUGCUGUAAGCGACAUCACUGGAGCCAUCAAGAACAUCAAUGGUAUCGACAUUCCAAGCCUACUCAAGCAUGCCAAGGAACACCAUGGUGUCAAAGGAUUCCAUGGCGGAGAUCCAAUAGAUGCUAACUCAGUAUUGGCUGAAGACUGUGACAUUCUUAUCCCAGCAGCCCUUGGGGGUGUUAUUAAUAGGGACAAUGCAAAUGAAAUCAAAGCCAAAUUUAUUAUUGAAGCUGCUAACCAUCCAACUGAUCCAGAGGGUGAUGAGAUCUUGUCAAAGAAAGGUGUGGUUAUACUUCCAGAUAUAUAUGCAAAUUCUGGAGGAGUUACCGUCAGUUACUUCGAAUGGGUGCAGAACAUCCAAGGCUUCAUGUGGGAUGAGGAGAAAGUAAACCAUGAGCUAAAGACUUACAUGACAAAAGGGUUCAAAGAUGUGAAGGAGAUGUGCCAAACCCACAACUGUGAACUACGUAUGGGAGCCUUCACACUUGGAGUUAACCGUGUUGCGCGAGCCACUGUUCUUAGGGGGUGGGAAGCUUGAGAAAUAAAAAAAUAAAAAAUAAAAGAUAUUUUGAAUUAGAGAUUUGAGGCUUUGAAUAAGAGCUCUUAUUCGGGGUUCUCCUGCAGUUUUGGAGAACUUCUGACUAAGGUUUUGCUAUUAUGUCUUCCCUAGUGUCAAUUACACCUCAAGUUUUACUAGUUCUCCGUAAUUUUAUGGCUUGUCCAGCCUGGAAACAGUUUCCAAUCAUAAGAAUCAAAGAUGGAAUGAAGGUUCUUAUCUUAAUGGUUUGUAUGCACAUGAAUAAUAUCUUUAAAAAUUUCAGCCA